UGGGCUUGUAGGGCAUACAGCCAUCUGUUAUAUAAGGGCUCUCCCCACACCUGCUCCAACAUACUGCCAGGAUCCACCUUUCUCAGGACAGUGUCCCUGACUGGACCCAGAAGGUUUGAGGCUCCGUGGCCCCAUCCUUGGGAGAAGCCAGAUCCACCAUCAUGAAAGGCAUCCUCAUUGCUGGUGUCUUUGCGGCAUUUGCCAUCACAGCUAUAGAUUCCCUGAAUUGUAGACAGUGUCCCUCAACCGUUGAGGACCCAGAGAGCUGCAUCGAUGAAGCCACUCCAUGUGAUGACGAGAACGCUGUGAGUUGUGUGGAGUCCUCGGUCAACUCCACUCUAGGAGGGUCCUUGAACUCAUACGAGCACAAGUUCUGCUCAAAAAUUAAUUGCAUCAACAGCAGCAACAGUAUUGUAGUGUCCUUCACGGUGCGUGUGUCUGAUGAUCAACAAUUCAGUUUUGCAAGCCAGUGCUGCCAAGAAGAUGCAUGCCCUGGCAAUGAAAAAGGCCCUGAAGAAGGGAAUGAACCUGCUGCUCGCGCCAACACCCAAAUCCAGUGCCCUUCUUGCUAUAGCAACGGCACAACAGAUUGCAAAGAGACCAUCCAGUCGUGUUCCCAAGGAGAGCGAUGUGUCCACAUCAUUGCUGUCAAUGGCGACGUUCAUACCGAAGUGGAACUGAAAGGGUGUUCUAAUAUCAGUGAAGCUACCUGCGACAUCCUGACUCCUGGGAAUGUAACAGUUGGAGAAUUCACUUUCCAGACGGUUAACUGCACAAAUGAGAUUACAACCACGACCCCAACCACAGUCACCACGACCCCAACCACAGUCACCACGACCCCUGAUAGCAGCACAAGCAUCAAAGCUUCCAUCAUCUCCUCUGUCUUCGGCAGCCUCCUUCUUCUGAAGCUGCUAUUCUGAGGUCCCUGGGCUCUGCCCCACCCAGUGUCCCAUGGGCGUCAAUGCCCUUUCUGUUCACAUAGCUUCCAGUUUAGUUGCUCAGUGGGUUGGAAGUCACAGGACUCCAGGCAAUGCUAGCAGCCACAUUAUGUCCUUUAUUAAAGUGUUGUUUGACUUCUA